UAAAAGUGGGCUCCGCGACUGUUGAGAGCCAGAUCUUGUUUCUCUGAGACGGCAGCUCUCGUUUUGUUGGAUUUUUAUAUAACUGUGUACCAACAUGAUGGGUGUUGUUAUCUUCGCGAUUAUAUCACUGUUUUUACAUUCAUCAAAUGCACAAGUGUACACAAAUCCUUGUACUACUAUAGCGCCGUGUUUUAAUGGCGGUGUAUGUAGAGAUAUUGGGACCACCAAUGCGGUUUGGUAUGAGUGUUCAUGUCCGACAGGAUUCAGCGGAUCAAAUUGUCAAUUAAUCUCCUCUCUAGCAACUGGCUGUGCUUCAAAUCCAUGUCAAAACAAUGCAGCGUGCACAGCAUUUGGUUCAGGAGCCUACGUUUGCACAUGUCUGGACGGAUUCACUGGUGUAAAUUGCCAGUUCACAUACGCAGCUGAAACCUGUAAUGUUAAUCAAUGUUCCAGUGGCCAAACCUGCUACAAUCGCAAUGAGCCUGGUGAACAAAACUAUGUAUGCGAAUGCAACUCACCAUUCCGCUCAGGCUAUAACUGUAUGACAGUUACAGAAAAUAGUGCAAUUUUCACCUGUUAUGGAACCAAAUGCGCCUAUGGAUAUUUUAGUUCAAUCAAUUAUCCUCAAAUCUAUGAGCCUCGUUAUAGUGCGCUCUACCUCGUCUACGUUCCCGGUGUUGAUCGUAUAGAUUUCUUUUUUGAUAAUACCUUCAAUAUUGAACGACCAAAGGAUGAGCUGUACGUUGGAGCAGGGUUGUCGCCCCCUGAUCUUACCACGUUUAACAGUAUACACGAUGCCAGCAUAAACAUGUUCUUCUUCGACGGUGCGCAGAGACCAGGGAAAUUUAGCGUUUUGUCAGAUUCCGCCUGGCUGUACUUUAUAACAGAUAAGAAUAUUGAAUAUUCUGGCUUCAGAGUACGUUGGGAAAUGUACAUUAAUCCGUGCGACAGUUUCACUUGCCUGAAUGGAGGAACUUGUCAGUUGGAUGGAACUGGUAAAAUUGCAACUUGUCUGUGCCUAUCAUGUUUCGUUGGAUCGAUGUGCGAAACAAGUCUGAAUGCUUGCACUAAUAACCAAUGCCAGAACGGCGGUGCGUGCUUCCCUCUUGCAAACUCAUGCACUGAAUACCAAUGUCAAUGUGCCUCAUGUUUUACUGGAACACGUUGCGAAACUCUGUUGAAUGCUUGUUCAAACAACCUAUGCCAGAACGGAGCUGCUUGUGUUCAGGUUUCUGGUUCCUGUACAGACUACACUUGUAGCUGCACAUCUUGUUACACUGGACAAUACUGUCAGACAUCACUGAACGCCUGUAGCAACAACUUCUGUCAGAAUGGAGCUGCUUGUGUCCAGGUUGCUGGUUCAUGUACAGCAUACACAUGUACCUGUGCAUCAUGCUACACUGGAACAUUCUGUGAAACAUUGCUGAGUGCUUGCACCAAUCAUGGUUGUCAGAAUGCAGGUGCCUGUGUCCCGGUUACUGGUUCCUGUACAGCAUACACAUGUACCUGCCCAACAUGCUUCACUGGACAAUUCUGUGAAACACAAUUAAAUGCUUGUAGCAACAACUUCUGUCAGAAUGGAGCUGCUUGUGUCCAGGUUUCUGGUUCCUGUACAGCAUACACAUGUACCUGUCCAUCAUGCUACACUGGAACAUUCUGUGAAACUUUACUGAGUGCUUGCUCUAACCAUGGCUGUCAAAAUGGAGCUGCCUGUGUCCAGGUUUCUGGUACAUGUACACAAUACACAUGUACUUGUCCAUCAUGCUACACUGGACAAUUUUGUGAAACUGCUCUAAAUGCUUGCACAAACCAUGCUUGUCAAAAUGGUGCUGCUUGUACUUCUGUUGCUGGUUCCUGUACAGCCUACACAUGUGCUUGUCAAUCAUGUUAUACUGGACAAUUUUGUGAAACACGCUUGAGUGCAUGCAGUGUCAACAGUUGCCAGAACGGAGGUGCCUGCAUUGAAGUUACUGGAUCUUGUACCCUCUACACCUGUACUUGUCCAUCAUGCUACACUGGACAAUUCUGCGAAACCUUGCUUAAUGCUUGUUCCAACCACGCUUGUCAAAACGGAGGUGCCUGUGUCCAAGUUGCUGGUUCCUGUACAGCAUACACAUGUACCUGUCCAUCAUGCUACACUGGACAAUUCUGUGAAACAUUGUUGAAUGCUUGCACCAACCAUGUUUGUCAGAAUGGAGCUGCCUGUGUACAGGUUUCUGGUUCCUGUACAGCCUACACAUGUACCUGUUCAUCAUGUUACACUGGAACAUUCUGUGAAACAUUAUUAAAUACUUGCAAUACAAGUUCUUGUCAGAAUGGAGCUGCUUGUGUCCAGGUUUCUGGUUCCUGUACAGCUUACACAUGUACUUGUCCGUCAUGCUACACUGGACAAUUCUGUGAAACUUUAUUAAAUGCUUGCGAUACAAAUUCUUGUCUAAAUGGGGGUGGAUGUGUCGAGAUUUCUGGUUCCUGUACAGCAUACACAUGUACUUGUUCCAUUUGCUAUACUGGACAAUUUUGUGAAACUUUGCUAAAUGCUUGUAAUAACCACGCUUGUCAGAAUGGAGGUGCUUGUGUCCAGGUUUCUGGUUCCUGUACAGCUUACACAUGUACUUGUCCGUCAUGCUACACUGGACAAUUCUGUGAAACUUUGUUGAAUGCUUGUGACAACCAUGCUUGUCAGAAUGGAGGUGCUUGUGUCCAAGUUACUGGUUCCUGUACAGCAUACACAUGUACCUGUCCAUCAUGCUACACUGGACAAUUCUGUGGAACUUUAUUAAAUGCUUGUAACACAAAUUCUUGUCAGAAUGGAGGUACUUGUGUCCAGCUUUCUGGUUCCUGUACAGCAUACACAUGUACUUGUCCAUCAUGCUACACUGGACAAUUCUGUGAAACUUUGCUAAAUGCUUGUGAUAACCACGCUUGUCAGAAUGGAGGUGCUUGUGUCCAGCUUUCUGGUUCCUGUACAGCAUACACAUGUACUUGUCCAUCAUGCUACACUGGACAAUUCUGUCAAACUUUAUUAAAUGCUUGUGACAACAGUGCUUGUCAGAAUGGAGCUACUUGUGUUCAGGCUGCUGGUUCUUGUGUAGCUUACAGGUGUAACUGUCCGUCAUGUUACACAGGGUCUUUCUGUGAAACUUUAUUGAAUGCUUGUUCUAACCAUGCUUGUCAGAAUGGAGCUGGCUGUGUCCAGGUUUCUGGUUCCUGUACAGCAUACACAUGUUCCUGUCCAAAUUGCUAUACUGGACAAUUCUGUGAAACUUUGUUGAAUGCUUGUAACAACCAUGAUUGUCAGAAUGGAGCUGGCUGUGUCCAGGUUUCUGGUUCCUGUACAGCCUACACAUGUACUUGUCAAUCUUGCUACACUGGACAAUUCUGUGAAACAUUGUUGAAUGCGUGUAACAACAAUGCUUGUCAGAAUGGAGCUGGCUGUGUCCAGGUUUCUGGUUCCUGUACAGCCUACACAUGUACUUGUCAAUCUUGCUACACUGGACAAUUCUGUGAAACAUUGUUGAAUGCGUGUAACAACAAUGCUUGUCAGAAUGGAGGUGCCUGUGUCCAGGUUUCUGGUUCCUGUACAGCCUACACAUGUACUUGUCAAUCUUGCUACACCGGACAAUUCUGUGAAACCUUGUUAAAUGCUUGUAGUAACAAUGCCUGUCAAAAUGGAGCUGCUUGUGUUCAGGUUUCUGGUUCCUGUACAGCCUACACUUGUUCCUGUCAAAAUUGCUAUACUGGACAAUUCUGUGAAACUUUGUUGAAUGCUUGUGACACCCAUACUUGUCAGAAUGGAGCUGCCUGUGUCCAGGUCUCUGGUUCCUGCACAGCAUACACAUGUUCCUGCCCAAAUUGCUACACUGGAACAUUCUGUGAAACUUUGUUGAAUGCUUGUAACAACAAUGCUUGUCAGAAUGGAGCUGCCUGUGUCCAGGUUGCUGGUUCCUGUACAGCAUACACAUGUACCUGUCCAUCGUGUUACACUGGACAAUUCUGUGAAACUUUGUUGAAUGCUUGUAACAACAACGCUUGUCAGAAUGGAGCUGCCUGUGUCCAGGUUUCUGGUUCCUGUACAGCAUACACAUGUACCUGUGCAUCGUGCUACACUGGACAAUUCUGUGAAACUUUAUUGAAUGCUUGUUCCAACCACGCUUGUCAAAACGGAGGUGCCUGUGUCCAAGUUGCUGGUUCCUGUACAGCAUACACAUGUACCUGUCCAUCAUGCUACACUGGACAAUUCUGUGAAACAUUAUUGAAUGCUUGUAACAACAAUGCUUGUCAGAAUGGAGCUGCUUGUGUCCAGGUCUCUGGUUCCUGUACAGCAUACACAUGUACCUGUCCAUCUUGCUACACUGGACAAUUCUGUGAAACUUUAUUGAAUGCUUGUGAUAACCAUGCAUGCCAAAGCGGAGCUGCUUGUGUCCAGGUUUCUGGUUCCUGUACAGCAUACACAUGUGCCUGUUCAUCAUGCUACACUGGAAAUUUUUGUGAAACAUUAUUGAAUGCUUGUAACAACAAUGCUUGUCAGAAUGGAGCUGGCUGUGUCCAGGUUACUGGUUCCUGUACACAAUACACAUGCAGUUGCCCAACAUGCUACACUGGAACAUUCUGUGAAACCUUGUUAAAUGCUUGCAACAACCAUGCCUGUCAGAAUGGAGCUGCCUGUGUCCAGGUUUCUGGUUCCUGUACAGCAUACACAUGUUCCUGCCCAAAUUGCUACACUGGACAAUUCUGUGAAACUUUGUUGAAUGCUUGUGACAACCAUGUUUGUCAGAAUGGAGCUGCUUGUGUCCAGGUUUCUGGUUCCUGUACAGCAUACACAUGUUCCUGUCCAUCAUGUUACACUGGACAAUUUUGUGAAACUUUGUUGAAUGCUUGUUCCAACAAUGCUUGUCAGAAUGGAGCUGGCUGUGUCCAGGUUUCUGGUUCCUGUACACUAUACACAUGUACCUGUCCAUCAUGCUACACUGGACGAUUCUGUGAAACUUUGCUUAAUGCCUGUGACAACCAUGCUUGUCAGAAUGGAGGUGCCUGUGUCCAGGUUUCUGGUUCCUGUACAGCCUACACAUGUUCCUGUCCAAAUUGCUAUACUGGACAAUUCUGUGAAACUUUAUUGAAUGCUUGUAACAACAAUGCUUGUCAGAAUGGAGCUGCCUGUGUCCAGGUUGCUGGUUCCUGCACAGCAUACACAUGUACCUGUCAAUCGUGCUACUCUGGACAAUUCUGUGAAACUUUAUUGAAUGCAUGUAACAACCAUGCUUGCCAAAAUGGAGCUGGCUGUGUCCAGGUUUCUGGUUCCUGUACAGCCUACACAUGUUCCUGUCCAAAUUGCUACACUGGACAAUUCUGUGAAACAUUAUUGAAUGCUUGCUCCAACAAUGCUUGUCAGAAUGGAGCUGCCUGUGUCCAGGUUUCUGGUUCCUGUACAGCAUACACAUGUUCCUGUCCAAAUUGCUAUACAGGACAAUUCUGUGAAACUUUGUUGAAUGCUUGUAACAACCAUGCUUGUCAGAAUGGAGCUGCCUGUGUCCAGGUUUCUGGUUCCUGUACAGCAUACACAUGUUCCUGCCCGAAUUGCUACACUGGACAAUUCUGUGAAACUUUAUUGAAUGCUUGUGACAACAAUGCUUGUCAGAAUGGAGCUGGCUGUGUCCAGGUUUCUGGUUCCUGUACAGCAUACACAUGUUCCUGUCCAAAUUGCUAUACAGGACAAUUCUGUGAAACUUUGUUGAAUGCUUGUAACAACAAUGCUUGUCAGAAUGGAGCUGCCUGUGUCCAGGUUUCUGGUUCCUGUACAGCAUACACAUGUUCCUGCCCGAAUUGCUACACUGGACAAUUCUGUGAAACUUUAUUGAAUGCGUGUAACAACAAUGCUUGUCAGAAUGGAGGUACCUGUGUCCAGGUUUCUGGUUCCUGUACAGCCUACACAUGUUCUUGUCCAAAUUGCUAUACUGGACAAUUCUGUGAAACUUUGUUAAAUGCUUGUAACAACAAUGCUUGUCAGAAUGGAGCUGCUUGUGUCCAGGUUUCAGGUUCCUGUACAGCAUACACAUGUUCCUGUCCAAAUUGCUAUACUGGACAAUUCUGUGAAACUUUGUUGAAUGCGUGUAACAACAACGCUUGCCAAAAUGGAGCUGGCUGUGUCCAGGUUUCUGGUUCCUGUACAGCCUACACAUGUUCCUGUCCAAAUUGCUAUACUGGACAAUUCUGUGAAACUUUGUUGAAUGCUUGUAACAACAAUGCCUGUCAGAAUGGAGCUGCCUGUGUCCAAGUUUCUGGUUCCUGUACAGCCUACACAUGUUCCUGUCCAAAUUGCUAUACCGGACAAUUCUGUGAAACUUUAUUGAAUGCGUGUAACAACCAUGCUUGUCAGAAUGGAGCUGGCUGUGUGCAGGUUGCUGGUUCCUGUACAGCAUACACAUGUUCCUGUCCAUCAUGUUACACUGGACAAUUCUGUGAAACAUUAUUGAAUGCAUGUGACAACCAUGGUUGUCAGAAUGGAGCUGGCUGUGUCCAGGUUGCUGGUUCCUGUACACAAUACACAUGUUCCUGUCCAUCUUGCUACACCGGACAAUUCUGUGAAACAGUGUUGAAUGCUUGCUCCAACAAUGCCUGUCAGAAUGGAGCUGCUUGUGUCCAGGUUUCUGGUUCCUGUACAGCAUACACAUGUUCCUGUCCAAAUUGCUAUACUGGACAAUUCUGUGAAACAUUGUUAAAUGCGUGCAACAACCAUGCUUGUCAGAAUGGAGCUGGCUGUGUCCAGGUUUCUGGUUCCUGUACAGCAUACACAUGUUCCUGUCCAAAUUGCUAUACUGGACAAUUCUGUGAAACUUUGCUAAAUGCUUGUGACAACAAUGCUUGUCAGAAUUCUGCUGCUUGUGUCCAGGUUUCUGGUUCCUGUACAGCAUACACAUGUACCUGUCCAUCUUGCUACACUGGAACUUUCUGUGAAACAUUAUUGAAUGCUUGUAACAACAACGCUUGUCAGAAUGGAGCUGCUUGUGUCCAGAUUUCUGGUUCCUGUACAGCAUACACAUGUUCCUGUCCAAAUUGCUAUACUGGACAAUUUUGUGAAACAUUGUUAAAUGCUUGCAGCACCAAUGCCUGUCAGAAUGGAGCUGGCUGUGUUCAGGUUGCUGGUUCCUGUACAGCAUACACAUGUUCCUGUCCAAAUUGCUAUACUGGACAAUUCUGUGAAACUUUGCUAAAUGCUUGUGACAACAAUGCUUGUCAGAAUUCUGCUGCUUGUGUCCAGGUUUCUGGUUCCUGUACAGCAUACACAUGUACCUGUCCAUCUUGCUACACUGGAACUUUCUGUGAAACAUUAUUAAAUGCUUGUAACAACAACGCUUGUCAGAAUGGAGCUGCUUGUGUCCAGGUUUCUGGUUCCUGUACAGCAUACACAUGUUCCUGUCCAAAUUGCUAUACUGGACAAUUCUGUGAAACAUUGUUGAAUGCUUGUAACAACAAUGCUUGUCAGAAUGGCGCUGCCUGUGUCCAGGUUUCUGGUUCCUGUACAGCAUACACAUGUUCCUGCCCAAAUUGCUACACUGGACAAUUCUGUGAAACUUUGUUAAAUGCUUGCAGCACCAAUGCCUGUCAGAAUGGAGCAACUUGUGUCCAGGUUGCUGGUUCCUGUACAGCAUACACAUGUACCUGUCCAUCAUGCUACACUGGACAAUUCUGUGAAACUUUGUUAAAUGCUUGUGACAACAAUGCUUGUCAGAAUGGAGCUGCCUGUGUCCAGGUUUCUGGUUCCUGUACAGCUUACACAUGUUCCUGUCCAAAUUGCUACACUGGACAAUUCUGUGAAACUUUGUUGAAUGCUUGUGACAACAAUGCUUGUCAGAAUGGAGCUGGCUGUGUCCAGGUUUCAGGUUCCUGUACAGCAUACACAUGUUCCUGUCCAAAUUGCUAUACUGGACAAUUCUGUGAAACAUUAUUGAAUGCUUGUAACAACAAUGCCUGUCAGAAUGGAGCUGCCUGUGUCCAGGUUUCUGGUUCCUGUACAGCUUACACAUGUUCCUGUCCAAAUUGCUACACUGGACAAUUCUGUGAAACUUUGUUGAAUGCUUGUGACAACAAUGCUUGUCAGAAUGGAGCUGGCUGUGUCCAGGUUUCAGGUUCCUGUACAGCAUACACAUGUUCCUGUCCAAAUUGCUAUACUGGACAAUUCUGUGAAACAUUAUUAAAUGCUUGUAACAACAACGCUUGUCAGAAUGGAGCUGCCUGUGUCCAGGUUUCUGGUUCCUGUACAGCUUACACAUGUUCCUGUCCAAAUUGCUACACUGGACAAUUCUGUGAAACUUUGUUAAAUGCUUGUAACAACAACGCUUGUCAGAAUGGAGCUGGCUGUGUCCAGGUUUCUGGUUCCUGUACAGCUUACACAUGUUCCUGUCCAAAUUGCUAUACUGGACAAUUCUGUGAAACAUUAUUGAAUGCUUGUAACAACAACGCUUGUCAGAAUGGAGCUGGCUGUGUCCAGGUUUCUGGUUCCUGUACAGCUUACACAUGUUCCUGUCCAAAUUGCUACACUGGACAAUUCUGUGAAACUUUGUUAAAUGCUUGUAACAACAACGCUUGUCAGAAUGGAGCUGGCUGUGUCCAGGUUUCAGGUUCCUGUACAGCUUACACAUGUUCCUGUCCAAAUUGCUACACUGGACAAUUCUGUGAAACUUUGUUGAAUGCUUGUGACAACAAUGCUUGUCAGAAUGGAGCUGGCUGUGUCCAGGUUUCAGGUUCCUGUACAGCAUACACAUGUUCCUGUCCAAAUUGCUAUACUGGACAAUUCUGUGAAACAUUAUUGAAUGCUUGUAACAACAAUGCCUGUCAGAAUGGAGCUGCCUGUGUUCAGGUUUCUGGUUCCUGUACAGCUUACACAUGUUCCUGUCCAAAUUGCUACACUGGACAAUUCUGUGAAACUUUGUUAAAUGCUUGUAACAACAACGCUUGUCAGAAUGGAGCUGGCUGUGUCCAGGUUUCAGGUUCCUGUACAGCAUACACAUGUUCCUGUCCAAAUUGCUAUACUGGACAAUUCUGUGAAACAUUAUUGAAUGCUUGUAACAACAACGCUUGUCAGAAUGGAGCUGGCUGUGUCCAGGUUUCUGGUUCCUGUACAGCUUACACAUGUUCCUGUCCAAAUUGCUACACUGGACAAUUCUGUGAAACUUUAUUGAAUGCUUGUAACAACAACGCUUGUCAGAAUGGAGCUGGCUGUGUCCAGGUUUCUGGUUCCUGUACAGCUUACACAUGUUCCUGUCCAAAUUGCUACACUGGACAAUUCUGUGAAACUUUGUUAAAUGCUUGUAACAACAACGCUUGUCAGAAUGGAGCUGGCUGUGUCCAAGUUUCUGGUUCCUGUACAGCAUACACAUGUUCCUGUCCAAAUUGCUACACUGGACAAUUCUGUGAAACAUUAAUGAAUGCUUGUAACAACAACGCUUGUCAGAAUGGAGCUGGCUGUGUCCAGGUUUCAGGUUCCUGUACAGCAUACACAUGUUCCUGUCCAAAUUGCUAUACUGGACAAUUCUGUGAAACAUUGUUGAAUGCAUGUAACAACAACGCUUGUCAAAAUGGAGCUGGCUGUGUCCAGGUUUCUGGUUCCUGUACAGCAUACACAUGUUCCUGUCCAAAUUGCUACACUGGACAAUUCUGUGAAACAUUGUUGAAUGCUUGUUCCAACAAUGCUUGCCAGAAUGGAGGUGCUUGUGUCCAGGUUUCUGGUUCCUGUACAGCAUACACAUGUUCCUGCCCGAAUUGCUAUACUGGACAAUUCUGUGAAACUUUAUUAAAUGCCUGUAACAACAACGCUUGUCAAAAUGGAGCUGGCUGUGUCCAGGUUUCUGGUUCCUGUACAGCUUACACAUGUACUUGUCCAUCAUGCUACACUGGACAAUUCUGUCAAACAUUGUUGAAUGCUUGUGACAACCAUGUUUGUCAGAAUGGAGCUGGCUGUGUCCAGGUUUCUGGUUCCUGUACAGCAUACACAUGUUCGUGCCCAACAUGCUACACUGGACAAUUCUGUGAAACUUUAUUGAAUGCUUGUACAAACAAUGCCUGUCAGAAUGGAGGUGGCUGUGUGCAAAAUGCAGGUUCCUGUACAUCUUACACAUGUUCCUGCUCGAAUUGCUAUACUGGACAAUUCUGUGAAACAUUGCUCAAUGCUUGUUCCAACAAUGCUUGUCAGAAUGGAGCUGGCUGUGUCCAGGUUUCUGGUUCCUGUACAGCAUACACAUGUACCUGUCCAUCAUGCUUUACUGGACAAUUCUGUCAAACAUCUGUUUCUGCAUGUGAUAACCACCAGUGUAUGAAUGGAGCCGUGUGUCAAACUGUAGGCAGUGGAUGUAUCACCUACUCUUGUAGCUGCCCAUUGUGUUUCACUGGCCAAUUUUGCGAAACAUCUUUAACGGCAUGUACUAACAAUGUUUGCCAGAAUGGGGCCCAGUGUGUUGCAACUGGUGGUAGCUGCACUGCCUACACUUGCCAAUGUUCAGGAUGCUUUUCCGGUGCUUUCUGUUCUAUUCCUCUCAAUGGUUGUGAUGGAAGCCCAUGUCAGAAUGGAGGGGCCUGUACUUCUGGUAACGUCAUCACUGGAUGUAGUACAUACACUUGUACAUGUACUUCUUGUUACACGGGAACCAACUGUCAACAACGUCUUGAAUCUGCUUGUACAUCCAUCAAUCCAUGCUUGAAUGGAGGAACUUGUGUUGAUGAUGGCAUUUGUGGCAGCACUUCUUAUACCUGUAAUUGUAUAACUGGAUGGACUGGUACUAACUGUCAAUUAGUGGUGACAGUGAAUCCAAAUCCAUGUAACAGCUUCCCAUGUUUGAAUGGCGGUUCCUGCCUGACUAUGGAUGAUACCUUCUACAUCUGUGUUUGUCCAACAGGCUUCCUUGGCAUCAACUGUCAAAGCCAAACAGCAUUUAUACCAAGCUAUGAUGCAUGUACAAGUACGACAUGUUCUAAUGGAGGUACCUGUUACAACAGUUAUCGCAGCGAUACUGGCUCCUUCAAUCCUUAUAUUAACCAGUACACAUGUGUUUGCCUGUCAGGCUUCUCAGGUCCCAACUGCCAGACAAUUUUGACUACUGCAACAUCUGGUAUGAUUAUUCUUCAAUAAAAGUUUUUGAAUAAA